GCUGAAGUGUGAGAAGGGGCGCCAUCCUGCUGAAGAAUUUGCCCCCUCUUGUAAUUUGGAAGGUACCGGUAAUGGCCAAUAAGAAUUUAGAGAGAACUAAACAAUGGUGUUGCAUUUGCCAAGGCCCACAGCUUGCAGAAAGGAUGGAUGGUGGAAAAGUGGCGGAAGGUUGAUUUUUCUGAUGAAUCAUUCAUUAAAGCGCAUCCCACUCACCACAAAUACUGCAAAAGACCUUCGGGAACCCGCAGGAACCCAAGAUUCACCCAGAAAAUGGUCGUUUGGUGGAGGAAUAUCAUGGCUUGGGGUUACAUCCAGUGUGGGGGUCAGCAAGAGAUCUGCAGAGUGGAUGGUAACAUCAACAGCCUGAAGUAUCAAAAAAUACAGUACAUGCUGCCCAUUACCUUCCAAAUCACGAGAGGGCAAAUUCUUCAGAAGGAUGGCGCUCCUUCGCGUACUUAAACCUCCACAUCAAAGUUCCCGAUAGUGAAGGUCAAGAUGCAGCCCGCAUUUAAUUUUGUAUUGGUUCGUGACACAUUGUAGAAAUAAAUGUAGCAUAACAUUAUUAACAAUAAGCAAUGCAAAAAAUAAUUAACAAAAAACUGGCAAAAAUGGGAGAAAAAAGGCACAAUGUAAAGAGAAAAAGUUACUAUACUAAGAACUAAUAAUAACACAAAAACUUGUCUUUAAAUAUAUAUAAAAUGUUUAGCCUAACUGCAAAACUUAAAAGCUUAACUUGACUCCCACAUCCUUUGAUUUUUCAUUGUGUGGCCCUCGGUGGAAAAAGUUUGCAGUUGCACUUGAAAUUAUUCAGCCUUCAUUAUAAAUUCGACCUAUUUGCAAAGCAAACUAAAGUUUAAAUAAAUGUAAUUGUAAAUUCCCAAUUUUGAGUGCAACGCUGUUGUUGUUUUUUAGACGAGGUACCGUAGAUCACGUGACAGUUGACACUAGUAUCCAGAGGGGGGCGGUAUUGAUACCAUAAGGUUAUUGUAGCUGCGUCAAAUCAAAGAAGAAGGACGAAACGAUCGCUUCCGGAAGUACUGGGAAAUAAAAGCGCAGCCACAUCAAAAGAAAAAGAACGAUGGCCGUAAUUUUACAUAGUGGUUAAUAUAAUCUACAGUUAUAGGGAGGCUGUGCGGGUCUGAUGGAUGAAGAAACGCGGACGUUGUGUUUACUGGCUUGCUAGCCUGCCCUCGUUUGCUUGUUCCAGGGAUUAGGAUGCCUCUUUCAAGUUGGUGUUGAGCCUCCACUGGUGGAGUAGUACGAACUUAUUUAAGGGAGUCAUGUACGCCAGACGUCUAGAAGAUCGUACAGCUCAAAGGUACAAUCGCCAGCUAUUGUAUCUAUGCAUACUGAGGUGUUUCUUAUGCUGUGGAUUUGCAUUUACAUUUCUAAUAUUUAGCUGCACGAGGAGGGCAGAAUAUGAAAUCCCUCUUAUCAAGUGUAAACAACGUCGUUCAGUGAUAUUCAACAGUGUAAUUCAUUAAAGGGGGAAUGUAUUCAUUUUGUAUUCUUUCAAGGCAAUGAACACAAAGUGCUUUGCAGGGCAGUUAAGAGAUGCAAAGUAGGAAGAGAACAGCAAGCGCGUGAUGGCAGGACCCUUUAUCGACUCCAACAGACUGAAAAGAUAACAUAGAAAUCAAGGUGAUGUUGCAGAGCAGCCAUGAUGCUAAUAAUCUAGUAAAAUGCCCAGUAUCUUGCAAAGCAAGCACUCUGGCAUACAAAUUGUUCUGAUUUAGGUUACUACUAUAACACGUGAUUAAUAAACCCUUUACAAUCUAAACUAACCUUGCUUUGGUGUGCUUCACAUUACAUAGUAAAAUAAAAUGUACAGAAUUUGAAUUGAAUGACCCUCUAUGGUCAUGUCUUAUUAAUUAUCAUAUUUCUCUGGCUAUUGUUUUUCAGUGGGACAGGUGUCUUCUACCAGGCCAUACCUGGGGAGGGAGCUGAUGGAAAGAAGAUCAUGACGCUGAUUCCUGUUCAAUUGGUAAAUGGGAAAUUUGUCCGGAGUCAAAUAAUGAAACCCCAAACGCAUCAUCCAACGUGCAAGUUUAUACCACUAACAGGUGGAGCUGCACCUGUUCCCAGUGGAAGAAAGGCAGCCUUGGCUUCUUUACCCACCCAACAACCAGUCAGCAGGCAGGUCCCCCUUGUGAAUGCCAUACCGGAUGGACUUGGUACAGCAAAUCAAGGACUGGCGCUUGGUAUGCCAUCAAAUUCACGAAGGAUUGUCGUACAGCAGGUGCUCCCCAGAAUCCAGGUGCGAGCAGCUCCGGCUUUUGAACUUGCCUCUGGUGUGACCCGGCAGAUCUUUACACCGUCAGCCAACAUCUUAUCAAGUCCAACCAGUGGGACCAAUGGAUCUUCGAAGACAGCUGUUUGUGAAAGCAGUUCUCGUUCAAAUCAUUCCAAAGCUGAGUCCAACAGCCCGAUGAAGUGGGUGAUUGAAGAGGUUAACUCCAGCGAGUCGUCUUUUGACCGUUCACAUUCAUGUUCCGUUAGCCCCGAGCCUGUCCAAGCAGCGGGAGAGGGCGACAAAAACGUCGGAGUAGUGGAAAGAGUGAAAGCUGUUUCUCCAUCACUCUUGACCAGAAGUGAGAGUGAUCAUCGAAAUGAGUUGGUGAUGUGUGAUGGCAGGGUGUUUUUUGCUGCCAAAAAGUGCAGCUUUUCACUUCCGGCGGGGAGCAAGGAAACCGUUUCGCCCACCGCAGCAGCAAAAGUUUGCCACCGCAAACAAGUCCCGGUAGUCGUUUCAGAGGAGCCACAUGACGUGAUCGACCUUUGCAAUGACGAUAAUGAAGAGGAUUUGUGUCAAAUAACACGAUUGGCCGCUUCUUUGGAUGAAGAUAACGUAAUAUUUGUAUCCUAUAUUCCACCAAAAUCGGAAUCCACCCCGACACAAUGCCUGGUAGCGGAGACACUUGAGAAUGAAACCACAAGGAACCUGGAAAGUGUGACUGAACAUAACAAGACAACCCUCAGUCGUUGUGACACUGGCCAUGAUCAGCUAACACGUGAAAGCCCAAACACAACAAGGGUUGAAGCAGUAACAGACAACAAGAAGGACUCGGUCAUAAACGGUCAACAUAGCACUGAACAACAGUCUGACAACUUGCAGCUUUCUUUAGAAAUGAAGAGUUUGUCAGAUUCCAGUCUUUCAGACCACAACGAAGGAGAAGCCGCACAUCAAAUAAAGAUGUCUACAACUGCGCUGACAGUUUGCAGAUCAUCUCCCACAAACCAAAUGACUGACCACCAAUUCAGGAAAAUCUUUGGGAUUAUAGCUGAUGUGAAAAUUUGCCUGCAGAGGAUUGAUGCAGCAUCCUCUGAGGGUGGACCCAAAGAGCCUGUACAGAAGAGGUCAUCACGGGAUAUUAAGGAAACCAGAAACCCGCUGAAAGAGAAGAAACUUCACUCGCAGCACCGAUACAAUGCAAAGGGCUCUGAAAGCACCAGCGUUAAAAAAGCGAAACUUUCAGAUGACGAUAAUUUGCCAGGAGUUAUUGUUACUUUAAGUCCUCACACGCAUGAUCGAGACACAGACCCAGUGGUUGGCUACGUGGAGCCAAUAGAUGACCAUGAUGAUCUCUUCAGCAUAGAUGAAAAUAACACUCCUGACUCUCCGGACUCCGAAAUCCAGACCCUCAAUAGUAUUCAUACAAAUACAAGUAGAAUGGGAAGGGCCAGGAAGCGCACAAUGUGUCCAUGUUGUGUCCCAGGUAGUCCGGGUCGGACGGCAAAGUCCAGCCUGAGGGUAGAGGAGCAAGAGAGGAGGACAUGGUCAAAGGACCACACGAGUAAAAGGGGUGGACGUCAGCAAAAAUUCAAAUCAAACAAAAGAAUGUAAGACCCAUGGACUCGCAUAAACAGGAAAAUGAAACGAAAAAGUGGAAACGGGAGCAUAAUCCACCAACGGAUCAUUUGGAAUUCCAAGUGCACCAGCGCUGCAUUAUUUAUUGUUUUCUUGGAAAUAUACUCUACAUAAGUCCGACACUGACCUCAACUUUGCACAAACACUCCUCGUGUGAGACAAUUACUGUACAAUCACAAAAAUAAACGUUUAGGUUUAACGUUAGCUGUUGUCAGUAUUUCUGCCCUAAACCCACAUCACAUUUGUGGGAUAUUCCCUUUUGCUACUGAACAGUACAUUAAUACAUGUCUGGACUAUACCAUAUUUUUUAUAUUCAGUGGUACCUUUUGUUGCAAAAGGUCCACAAUAACUGAAACGUAUGAAUACCCAAGCAAUUUUUCCUGUAAGAAAUAACGUAAAGCCAUUUAGUCAGUUCCUGGCACCCAAAAUAUUACCAAAAAAUAAAUUUUCUUGAGAAUAAUUAGAAUUUAACAUGCAGAAAACAAUGCAAAAAUAAUUAUAAAUAAUGAAUAAAUUGAUCAAAUGAACAUUCAACAUUGCUUUCAGAGGAGGGGAUCCACACCAACAGCUGCUCAACAUCUUGGACGCUAACACCCAUAAACCCUUCCGCAACGUUAGCUUCUUUGAUGUCUUCAUUCUUCACCAAGAUGGAACUUGUUGUGGCAAACGGACGUGUUUGUGUAACAUUCUCAUUUAUGUUUGCCAAAUGAAUGUGCCUUACAGGAUACCGUACUAUUGUGUCAACAAAGGUUGCUGUUGGGUUUGUGAUCCAGUAGGACUGAAUGAAGAAGCAAUGCUGGGAGUCGUUCAUCCACAUCUUAUUAAUACUACAAGAUGGGUAAAAUACAACAAUUACAGUUACAAGCAAUAUUGCACGGAACCAAUUUUGGAGACAUUUUUUUUGUCGAAAACUGGAUUGUAGAAAACCUGAGGCAUUCAAAGACCAACGUUUAACUAAUUGUGCAGGUAUUCGUAAAGGUGUAUUUAUAAAGGUAAAUGUAUAAUUUGUAUCUAUUUUGGCUGUCUGUUUUCUUGUUCUAAUACAUGGGUGGGCAAACUGCGGCCCGCAGGCCACAUCAGGCUCGCCAAGCAUCAAUCCGGUCCACCGGGCAUUUCCAAAUUCUUUUUUUGUAAACUGUUAACAUGGAAACUGAAGCCGGCAUCAUGACUUGCAGUGCUACUGUGGCAUGCUUGAGUCGCCAAAAUAGUCAGAUGCAAUCUGUAGCUUGUGCAAAAAAAGCGAUCCAAGCGACACAUCAACACGCACAAAGUAAUAAAAAUAAAAGUAAUCUGCUGCACAGUGUGGGCAUACAAAUAAAUAAAUAUGCACAAUACCCAUGCCACAAACAAAACACCCAUAUAUUCCCGCCACAAGGUAUGCUGGGUAGCUUGUGAUACUCUUUCUCCCAACGUUUUAUCGUGGCAGAGAAGUAAACAAGAAGGCUUUAACAUAUUGAUAGCCAAUGUUUAAUUGCUCAUAGUUCAUAUUGUUGCCACUGGACUACCCAGCAUGCCUUGCG